ACUAGAAAUUAGCAGCGCAGGGUCUUCUUGGUUUGCCAGUGGACUAAUGUGGAUUAAUUCAAACACAUGGAGGUCCACCAAGGAAAAGAAGGGAAGAGCUCUCCUACAACAAAUCAAUGCAAUCUCUCAGUCUUCUGUCUUGGAUGAUGUAGGAAUUGAUGAUGCUCAAGUCUUUACUUUGACCAGAGAGGAUCUGAAUGAGCUUUUUCCAGGUAUUAAGAACUUUCAGCUCAGAAGGACGAUUAUGGCGCUUAUCACGGACACGGUGAAGGAUUCGCUUCGACCUGGCCCAGAAACGUUUGCCGGUGCACUGGAGCAUUUAAUGCACAAAAACAAAAGCAAUGAUGCCGCUGUACAGGAUGUUUUGAAGGAGUCCCUUCGAGCUUUUAGAGAAGUGGAGGAUCAGCUCAAAGCAGCACAGGCAUCUUUGAAACCGUACAUUGAGGUCUUGAACAGUUUCACUGAGGCAUCAGCUAGACAAGAGGACUGGGAUACAGAGGGAACAUCAAGCAGGAGAAAAUUUCCAAGCUCAUUCCAAAAAGAUUUGACCCCUCCAACCAUACAGACUACUUUUGAGCCUUCAGUUAGAGUGCUUCCACUUGUGUGCGGUCAAACCUUGGGAACGGACAGGCACAUUCUUGCACAACUUAAGGGGGUUAGAGAAAGUGAAUUACGGGACUGUCAGUUGAUACUGGUCUUCUGUCCUGUGGUCUCACGAGCUGGAACUGACAUUGAAGAAGCACUGAAGAAAAUUUCAGCUGAUAAACCAGCAGUACUGGUGACAAUGCACCAUACCUUCAACCCUAACUACGUGUGCCCCAGCUUCAAUGUAGCAUCAUCUCAAGUGAACAUUGUGGAACAUGUUAAUGUGCUCUUCCAUGACUCGUACCAUGGUCUUCUUGGGUGUCCAGCAAAUAAUAAUGCAAUGAUCAAACUUCAGUCUGUCUUAAACUGGUACAAGUAAACAGUCUUGCAUCAAAUGCUUUAACUGUCAAACGUUGAAAAUGACAAUUCAAUGUAUUUGUUAUAUGGUCAUAUAAGUGGACAAAAAUAACAAGCCUGCUAAUAAACAUUUAAGACUGG